ACGCGUGAGGAGACGCCCAAACUCAGCCCAUUCGCACAGGGGCUCGCCGUGCUGCCCCUGCCCCUGCCUGCCUGACACUGACGCCGGACAGGACUCAGGGGAGAGAGAGAGAGCGGAGAUGCCGGAACUGCCGGAGGUGGAGGCGGCGCGGCGGGCGCUGGAGGCGCACUGCGUGGGCCGCCGCAUCACGCGCUGCGCCGUCGCGGACGACCCCAAGGUCGUCGUCGCUGCCGCCGGGCGCGUGACCUUCGAGCGCGCCAUGGUGGGCAGGACCAUCGUGGCCGCGCGCCGGAGGGGCAAGAAUCUCUGGCUCCGCCUCGACGCCCCGCCCUUCCCCUCGUUCCAGUUCGGGAUGGCAGGUGCGAUCUACAUAAAGGGCGUUGCCGUCACAAAGUACAAGAGAUCGGCUGUCAACUCCGAGGACGAGUGGCCCUCCAAGUACUCCAAAUUCUUCGUCGAGCUUGAUGAUGGCUUGGAGUUUUCUUUCACUGAUAAGAGGCGCUUUGCAAGAGUUCGGUUAUUUGAUGAUCCUGAAACGGUACCUCCAAUUUCUGAGUUAGGUCCAGAUGCGCUCUUUGAGCCGAUGUCUGUUGAUAAUUUUGUGGACUCACUGAGCAGGAAGAAGAUUGGAAUAAAAGCUCUUUUACUUGAUCAGAGCUUCAUAUCAGGCAUUGGUAAUUGGAUUGCAGAUGAGGUGCUUUACCAGUCGAAAAUCCAUCCAUUGCAGAUUGCUUCUAGCCUAACAAGGGAGAGUUGUGAAGCGCUACACCAAAGCAUCCAAGAGGUUGUGACAUAUGCUGUCGAUGUUGAUGCUAAUUGUGAUCGCUUUCCUGUGGAAUGGUUGUUUCAUCACCGCUGGGGCAAGAAGCCUGGUAAAGUCGAUGAUGAACUGCGGCAAUUAUGCAGGAAAAUAGGAAUGCCAGUAAUUAUGUGCUCCAGUUUGUUAUCCUUUGGCCCUCGUCAGAUUUAUCCAGUUUCUGGUUAUUGCAGGAAAGAAAAUUGAAUUCAUAACAGCUGGUGGCAGGACUACAGCCUAUGUGCCACAACUGCAGAAGCUGACUGGGACCCAAUCUAACAAAAAAGUAGUGGCUAGCCCAGGGCAAGUGAGCGAGGAUGGUGAUGCCAAGGAAGCAGGGGCAGAAGUAGAAGUGGAAGCUGAUGAUGAUUUGAAGCCAAGAAAGAGAGUGGCAACAUUCAAGGCUGCCAAGGGACAUUAAAACAAGGAUGCCAUAAGUGCCCCUUCCAAAAUAACAAGGAAAAUUGCUGGUGGCAAGAAGAAACAAAGCAUUAAACAUGGCAGCAAAGAUGAUAUGAAGACUACAGGACGAAACAAAGCUGGUGCUGGUAGCAACUAUGAGCAUGGUUUGGACGAACCUGCUGCUAAGAUGCGCAAAGUAUCAGGCCGGGGUACAAGAAAUUCGUCCAAGAAUAAACCGAAGACUACCAAAUAAUUAAUCUGGAAGAAGAUAAAAGUGUAUGGUGGUUACACGUUGUCUAACAUCAGUUUAGUGUAGAGUAUGUUGGUUAUGUGUUUUAUACUACAUUCCAGUGAUUAUGAAACCAUUUGAAAUCCCCGGAAUUUCGUAACCUUGUCUCGGUUUCUUGAACUGCAGCAGUAUCGUGUUACCGUAUGAACAGAAAAUGCAUCUGUUUGAACUUUC